CCGGCGGGCGCUCCCUCGCGGAUUCGCAAGUAUCCCGCCGCGGUCGCGCGGACCCGCGUGUCGCCCACGUGGCCUCUCACUUAAAAGACGAAACUCCAGUUUUUUUACGCGCUCCCCAUUGAUAAAAUUCCACAGUCUACUUUAAUUUAUUGGUACUGUUCACGGGUCAAAUUGAAUGAAUCUGUCAAAUGGACCGUAAUAUUUUAAAAGCAGAUUAUAAAAUCAGAAAAGUGGAUAUUUCAAGAUGGAGCCAAUACAAACGACACUCCGCGAUCAGGAGAGAGCGUAUAAAAUGUAUAUGUACACGAGACCAGACAAUCUCGAGUUGCCGCUGUCAGCCCCCCGUGACACUAAAUCUAGCGUGUACGCUAUGAAUGAUCAGACUUUUCAUACACCAUCUUUCGGCGACGAAGAAUUCGAUAUCCCCUCCAUUCACGGGCAACAUGCGAACGGAGGCCAACCCCCUCACAUACAAUACAGCCAAAUGCAUCAUGCAGCGCCACAGGUGGGGAUGAUGAACCCCGCCCAAGACGGGCUGGCGCCGCCGGGUGGUGCUCCAUCGUACCAACAACCUCUGUACUUGCAGGAACCACACACACCAGUCACUUCACACAGUGGUGCGGGUGCCCCUGCAGGAAACUAUGUAAUUCAGCAGCAGCCAGGUGGACAGCAAAGGCUACUGAUGAUGCAACCAUCACAAGUAAUGAAUGGCCCACCAACCCCUAAUGCAGGCACCCAGAACUCUGCCCCAGUCUACAGCUCGCCCCAGAGGGCCUCCCCACCUGGGACCACAAGUGAUGACUCUGAUGAUAGUGUGCCUUCUCACCAUUCACAGUUGCCUGGUGAUGCGGAAAGCCUUCUGCCUAUCCAUUAUUGCUCAGCGAGCCGGCAGCAACAAACUACGCUUCAUCAGAUGGGUGCUGGCAACAUGGGUGUUAAGAGAUCUUCACCUGAACCAAUGGAUAAUGGAAUGAAUCGUGGCCAGAUGCAAAAAAAACCUAAAGUACAAAAGAAAAAGAAAAAACGUGAUCCUAAUGAGCCACAAAAACCAGUAUCAGCAUAUGCAUUGUUCUUCCGAGAUACUCAGGCUGCAAUCAAAAGCCAAAACCCUAACGCAAGUUUUGGAGAAGUCUCCAAAAUUGUGGCUUCCAUGUGGGAUGGUCUUGAUUCUGAACAUAAAAGUGUAUACAAACAAAAAACUGAAGUAGCCAAGAAAGAAUACCUAAAAGCACUUGCUGCCUACAGAGCUAGUUUAGUAUCAAAGGGAGGUGAACAGGAAAGUCCAGCCAUGUACAAUCACGGCAAUAAUACCAACUCAACAUAUGGUAAUUACUACCAAGGAGUACAAGGACAGACAUAUGGAAAUGGACAUUCGCCUCAGGGAUAUGUGCAAAAUGCAGCACCUCAGGGGUACACCCCGCAGAACUACCCUGGUGGACAGCCUCAGGCUGCUUAUACUGGUCAGCCUGCUCAAGGUUACCCACAAAAUCCACAGCAGACACCGCAAAAUUACCAAGGGAACAUAGCACAUAACCCCGCUACAUAUCAGGGUGCUCCAGGGCAAAACCCCCAAGGUUACCAAGGCAAUCCAACAACACCACCUCAAGCAUGCCAACCCAAUGUUGCCCAAUCACCUAGGAACUACGCCCCAGCCCAGUCUCCCUCCCACUAUGCCCCAACCUCCGGCAUGGCUUCACCUCCGGGAUACAGACAAGUGCCCUCCCAAUCUCCGCCUAUGGGACAAGUUCACAAUGCUUUGCAAUACCAUCAUUCUCAACAGCAAAUGCCACAAUCUCACCAACAAAUGCAGUAUCAGCAACAGCAACAGCAGCAUCAACAACAACAACAACAGCAGCAGCAACAUCAACAGCAGCAGCAACAAAUUCAACAGCAACAGCAGCAGCAGCAGCAAAUCCAACAACAGCAGCUUCAACAGCAACAACACCAACAAAUCCAACAACAAUCAGCACAACCCCAGCAACAGCCCCAGAACCAAACUCUUAAACCUGAACCACAUUCUCCUAAUAGCAAUGGAAGUUCUGGCAUGCCUCAGCACUCUCCAGAGCAAAAUGAAAACCGAAGCACGCCAUCGUGCAUCCGUCAAGGUUGUACCAACCCGGCCAUAGCCAAUAGUGAAUGGGAGGAUGAAUAUUGCUCUAAUGAAUGUGUUGUCAGCCAUUGCAGGGACGUCUUCAGUUCAUGGGUGGCCUCUAAUAGCAACAACCAAAUGCAAAAUUUCUCAGCAGUAAAAUAAAGUAUGAAUUUUGUACAUAUCAAUGUUAGGAAAACUAUGUCCACCCUUAUAGGGGGUCACAAUGAAUCUUUUAGGAAUACAAAAAUAUGUUAGUUCAUUGAUCAAGGUACGAUUAUUUAUUGUCAUCUUAUACGUUAUUAAUAUUAAACUGAAAGGUAAAUAAGAGCAUUCCAUGAGUUACAUACAUCAUGUUAGGAGUACAUAUAAAACUAAUAAGUGAUGGUCAGAAGAUUUGAGAUUUAACUUUUACUUUAUUUUGGAUCAACUAUUCAUUUGUGGCCACCUAAAUAAAACAAAUAUAACGGGUAUAAAGGGAAACGGCGAAAUGUACAAGCUUCAGUAUUAUAUCCUAAUUUGCUUUAUAAAGAACAAUACCUACUCAAGCUAGACAUUGUAAACUGCCAUAGAUCUUAUGGAAUUUUAUGUAUGUAUAAACUAUUAUUGGAAGAUAUAAACUGUAUGAAGUCAAAAAAACUCCUUGGAGGGUAAACUGACAGUAGUUUAAAAAAGUGCGAUUUAAUGUAAACAUAAAAAUGGGUAUGUGUUUAAAAUGUUGUAUCACAUUGCGGCAAUUUCAUGUUACAGAAUGCGUCAGUUUACUCUUUUUGCAUUUUGGAUACUGUACAAAUGUUAAAUAUUUGCAUUUAUGUUUUAUUUGUAUUUUACUAUGUUUAUGGUACAUUCCGCAAGCCGCUUUCUUAUCCAUAGUUUCCAAUACAUGGACAUUUCUAUCGUAAUAUCGUUUUUAAGUUGCAUAUUGUUGACUUCCGAAACUAGAUACUGUCAAAAAACUUUUUUCAUAGUACCAUCGUCAUUCAUUACACAUAGUUUACUCGUAGUAAUAAAGCGGAAAGCCUCUAGUCGUGUAUAAAUAACGCUAUCGAGACUAAUGGCUUCUCCUCUUCUUGUGUUGAACAGUUGAGCCUACGAGUACGUAAUUAUAUUGAUGAGUCUAGAGUAGGUUGAUGAAUUAAGAUCGUAUAAAAUUCAAGCAAUCUCUAAGUCGAAUUACGUUCCUAUACAAUAAUUAUAAAUACUAUCAAAAGUGCAGAAAACAGAACCAGAAGACAAAAUAAUUAUAUAAUUUAUUAUAAAAUACAAUGUGGACGAGUCAUUAAAACAUUUGUACGCUUUCAGAUUUCAUACUACUUUUAUAAGUACCUAUUAUAAAUAUUACACAUAAUGUAAUAUUUCUAGAUGGAACCUAUUACUCACUAGUAGUCUGCAAGACACAGUAGUAAAUUUUGGUGUAGUAACUAUGUUGGCAAAAUUUUACAUUAGGCCUUUGUACUACGAUAAAAAUGUUUUUCCUUGUAAAUUAUUAGGUAAAAUGGAGCAAUAAAACCAAGAGUGCGUUAAUUCAAUUAAUGUUACCUACUAACCCUUUACACUCUCAUUUUGGUUUCAUAAUAUUCAACUAAAUUAUCUUAGAUAUCAAUCCCUUAGUAUUUCGCUGCCAUAUUCAAAUAACAGUAAAAAUGUUAACUUUCAAUUUUACUUCAACAUUUCAUUUCCUCUUUAUAUUUGGUUUAAUCAAUAUAUAACAUCGUAAUUUUGAUGUAAUUAAUGCAAACGUUGUUAUACCAAUUGUAAUAAUGUAUUAAAUACAUUGUAAAUGUUCCAUAAAUAUUCAUAACAUAAUGAUAAAUUAUAGCAAUAUCCAACAAUUGUUUACUAGAAAUUUGAUUUUGUAUAGAGUUUAGCUGGACCAAAAUUUUAUUUGAAUAUGAAGGGUGAUGAUAUUUAUAAGAUACUACAAAUCAAAUGUCUAUUGUAUGAUAUUCGAUACAAUUUUGUAAAUAAAACCUGCAAUAAUAGAAGUAAUAGAAAUUAGAUAAAUCAUAAUAAUUAUUCUAAUUUUAUCUUUUUUAUUAUAUAGUAUUGUUAGACUUAAUUACUAGGAGCAAAUUAUCUUUAUAAAAUGUACCAUAUAACAAUGUAUAAAUUGUAAUUAGAACAAUUAUUUCAUUAAAUUUCUUAAACAAUAAGCUA